AUGACAUUGCAUGAUGAGGGAAUCAAAUGUGUUGCAGAUAUAGUCAUUAACCAUAGAUGUGCCGAGAAGAAGGAUGGCAGAGGGAUAUGGUGCAUAUUCGAAGGUGGAACAGAAGACGACCGUCUCGACUGGGGCCCUUCUUUAAUUUACAGCAAUGACACUACCUAUUCCAAUGGAACAGGAAAUCUCGACACUGGUGCUGACUUUGGUGGUGCCCCUGACAUUGAUCACACGAAUGCAAGGGUGCAAAGAGAGCUGCCUGAUUGGUUGAACUGGCUGAAGAAUGAUAUCGGCUUUGAUGGGUGGCGCUUCGAUUUUGCCAAAGGAUAUCAGGCACACAUUGCUAAGGUUUAUAUUGAUUGGACCAAACCAGCUUUUGUGGUUGGCGAGUUCUGGAGCUCUCUUGCUUAUGGGAAAGACAAGAAGCCAGAGUAUAACCAGGAUUCACAUAGGAAGGAGUUUGCAACACUCAACCAUCUGGAUGGCAGGUGUUUACUUGAUGCUUCUAAUGCAGUUCCCGUAAAACAGAGUUGCAGUGAAGCUUACGUGGUCAGAAUUUGUUGA